AUGAAGAAGCUCAGAGAGGCAAGCCGGGAGAAACAUUUUCUUAAGUUUUACCAAAUUGGAUCUUCAGGACUCCCACACGUCUCUCAGGUGGAGAUUGUUGCAGAGGUUGAUGGCUCUCUGGUCGGUUAUUGCAACCGGACAGAUAUUAGAAUAACACAUGACUGGGCGAAGAAAUUUUUGGAUGAUGAUGUGGAACUGCUCACCUUGUUCAAGAUGAAGUGUUUUCACCAGCUACCGAACAUAUUUCAGACCAAGAUUUCUGAUUUGAAGCAACAAUUGAAACAGCCUGAAGGUGUUUAUAUAGUCCAGUGGAUAGAUUUCUGUAGUUGGGAUACAGAGACUGGAGAGCUUACUGGUUCUAUACAGUAUGGCUAUAAUGGAGAAGACUUCCUUGCUCUGGACAUCGAGAGGGAUUCAUGGAUUCCUUUAAAACAACAAGCCAUUCCCAUCAAACUGGCCUGGGACACUGAUAAAGCUAGAUUACACCAUAGUAGGACAUUCACCUCUCAGUGGUGCCCUGAUUGGCUGAAGAGAUCUUUGGACUAUGGGAGAAACUUUCUGAUGAGGACAGAGCUUCCCACACUGUCUCUUCUGCAGAGGUCUCCCUCUGAUCCAGUCAGCUGCCACGCUACAGGUUUCUAUCCUGAAAAAGCUCGAUUGUUCUGGAGGAAAGAUGGAGAGCAGAUUCAUCAGUUCAUGAAUCAUGAGGAGAUCCUUCCCAACAACGACGGGACCUUCCAGAUGAGCGCUGACCUCGAUGUUUCCUCAGUCAGUGCUGCAGACUGGUGGAGAUAUGACUGUGUUUUCCAGCUCCUUGACGCUGAAGACAAAAUCAUCCUCAGACUGGAUGAAGCUGUGAUUAAAACCAACAGAAUGAAUCAUAGUAACAUCGCCAUCUUCACCACAGUUGGAAUAUUUACUUGUGCUUUCAUUGCCUUGGUUAUCACAUAUGUAUCCAUUAAAAGGAAAAAGCUCGACAGAGACUCUGAUAUCUCUGAGAUGCAGAACCUACAGAAUUGA